UACACAGCAGUGAGGGGGCCUAACAGGGAUUCUUCAAGGGUAAAAUCUCAGAUGGGCAUUUCUGUCAUUUCUUAGAGGUGAAACUCAUACCUCUGCAUGUGUAGAAGUGCCAUUAAUGCUUGAAAAUCUUAACUUCUGACAGGAGAUUGCGCUCCUUGACUGAAUUUUCAUUUUCUCGGCUAAACCUUUGCUGAAAGGCAAUGGACUGGGUCAGUCUUGUUCCUGUAGGGUUACUGUUUAUACUCAUUCUGCUGGCGAUUCUGAAAGGACAACAUGCCUGGAAGAGCCACCCAAGAAUAAACUUCCCCCCAGGACCCAGGCCAUUACCCAUCAUUGGAAAUCUGCACAUCAUGGAUCUGAAGAGACCUCACCUGACAAUGCUAGAGCUGUCCAAAAUAUAUGGCCCAGUCUUCAGCAUUCAGAUGGGACCAAGAAAAACGGUGGUGCUAUCAGGAUAUGACACAGUGAAGGAAGCUCUGGUGAAUCAGGCAGAUGCAUUUGCAGGGAGACCUAAAAUACCAGUCGUUGAAGAAGCAGCCAAAGGAAAAGGAGUUAUAUUUUCUGAUGGAGAAAACUGGAAAGUGAUGCGAAGAUUUACUCUUACAACCUUACGAGAUUUUGGAAUGGGCAAAAAGGCCAUAGAAGAUCGUGUUGUUGAAGAGUACGGAUGCCUGGCAGACACUAUUGAGUCACAUAAAGGGAAGCCUCUUGAGAUGACUCUGAUGAUGAAUGCUGCUGUUGCUAAUGUCAUCGUAUCCAUAUUGCUGGGAAAACGAUAUGAUUAUGAAGACCCCACAUUCAAAAGGCUCCUGUCACUGGUGAAUGAAAAUGUCAGGCUUUUUGGAAGUCCAUCAGUUUUGAUGUACAACAUAUUCCCAGCCCUUGGAUUUCUUCUGAAGGACCAUAAAAAUUUUCUUCAGAAUGUGAAAGAAAUCAAUGCUUUUAUCAAGGUUACUUUCAUAGAACAUCUCAAAAACCUGGACAGAAAUGACCAGAGGAGCUUCAUUGACACUUUCCUUGUGAGACAACAAGAGGAGAACGGAAAAGCUGAUGGAUAUUUCCAUAAUGAAAAUUUAACUGAGGUUGUGAGAAACCUGUUUGCAGCUGGCAUGGAGACCACAUCCACUACUUUGCGCUGGGGAAUUCUGCUCAUGAUGAAAUAUCCUGAAAUUCAGAAAAAAGUCCAAGAAGAGAUAGAGCAAGUGAUAGGGUCAAACCCCCCCCGAAUAGAGCAUCGAAUUCAGAUGCCAUACACAGAUGCUGUCAUCCAUGAAAUUCAAAGGUUUGCCAAUAUCCUGCCAUUGAACUUGCCUCAUGAGACUACUGCAGAUGUCACCCUUAAAGGCUGUUUCAUUCCCAAGGGAACCUACAUCAUCCCCUUACUGGCCUCUGUCCUGCGAGACAAAUCAUGGUGGGAGAAACCAGACGUCUUCUACCCUGAGCAUUUCCUUGACUCAGAGGGCAAGUUCAUAAAGAAAGAUGCUUUUAUUCCGUUUUCAGCAGGGCGGAGGAUCUGUGCUGGAGAGACUCUUGCCAAAAUGGAGCUCUUCCUCUUCUUCACCAGCCUCCUGCAGAGGUUCACCUUCCACCCUCCCCCUGGAGUUUCUAUCUCAGACCUGGACCUCUCCCCCUCUAGUGGGGGCACUCUCUCCCCAGUGAUUCAUGAGGUCUGUGCAAUGCCACGUUCCUAGGGCUUUUAUUAGCCAUCUCCUUUUCCUGAAACAAAUAGAUAAAAUAAAUAUCUUCAUCUCUAGUCCCACGUGGGGCAUUUGGUACUUCUGAAUCCAGUCAGGAAGUUCUAGAGCAAGUGCAGCUUGGCUCACAGCUGAAGGUGUCUCACCCACCAUAACUACAGGCUGCAGUCCUGAUUUCCAGCCGCUCUUUGAAAGGGAAGGUGGUGGUCAUUGUGAGGAUGAAUCCCAGGAGGGAGAUGGCAAAGUCCAUUUAAUUCAGUCCUUCCCUACACCUCUGCAUGUUCCCCUUGAUGAAAGAGGCCAGGGCCAGUCUCUGGGCCAGACUUCUAAGGGUGCUACACUGAUCUACACACACAAACCCAAGGGCUUUCACCUUCCUCACCUCCAGCACAGCUGCAUUCCAACUUCCUUGUGAAAAAGGUGCGUUACACAAUUUACCCCCACACCGGUGCCCUGAAUUCUCACAUACACAAGCACAGAAAUGUAACCAAACUGCUGAACCUGAGAUAAGGAAAUGUGAGGUGUUCACCUGAUGCAGAACUGCAGUGCAGAUCCAUAGAGGGCUCUCAGGUGUGUGGCUAUACACUCUCGGAAGUUUAAACAGUUAACUACAGAAUAAAGUAUGUAUUAAUGACACUGAUAAAUACACAGAAAAAUAAAAAAUACUCCAUUUCAAAUCAAA